AUGGAUUGGAUUGGACAUGGUGGAAGUGAUGGACUGCAUGCCUAUGUGCAUUCGCUUGACGAUGCUGUGACUGACAUGAAAAUGUUUCUCGGGAGAGUUUUAGCCGAAAAUUCAAAACUCCCGUGUUUUUGCUUUGGACACUCGACUGGUGGUGCCAUAAUCUUGAAGGCAGUACUUGAUCCAAAGGUGAGUGAAUGUUUAUCAGGCAUCAUACUAACUUCACCUGCAGUAGGAGUUCAACCAUCCCGUCCAAUUUUUUCCGUGCUUGCCCCGGUAUUUUCCUUCUUGUUACCGAGAUUUCAGUUCAGUGCAGCAGACAAGCAGGGUAUUGCAGUUUCUCGGGAUCCAGAGGCACUUGUAGCCAAGUAUUCGGAUCCACUAGUAUUCACAGGAUCUAUAAGGAUAAGAACUGGUUAUGAAAUUCUUCGAAUUACUUCCUAUUUGCAAAAGAAUUUGAGCUGGUUAACAGCACCAUUUUUUGUGCUACAUGGAACUGCUGAUUCUGUAACUGACCCCAAAGCCUCCGAGAAACUCUAUGAUGAGGCUUCUUCGAGUGACAAGACGAUCCAGCUCUAUGAAGGAUAUGACAUAUUCUUUAAGGCAGCUUCUGCAGAGUUGAAUGCAGAUAGCCAUUCAGUUAUUAUGGUCCUACACUGGGCUGUUGCAUUUGAAGCUGCAAUCAGCAAAUACGGUGGAGCUAGUGCUGGUUAUCGUACAUUAUUGGAUGCUCUUUUUCCAGCAUCGUUAGUUCUCAAAGAGAAAUUGACUGCUGGAGAUUAUCACAUAGGAGCAUUUGUUCUUUCUGCUGAAGCAGCAGUGUCUGGUGCUGAAUCAACUAAAGACAAGCUUGGACAGUUGAAAAGUAAGUUGCUUCUUUUGAAGCUAAAGCUGGCCGUUCUUCACGUCUCAACUGAUAUUCUUGCACCAGUUCCUGACCCGGGUGCCAUGGCUGCGGCUUCAUGGUACAAAGCAGCAGCCUUAGCCGUAAAGGAUAAAUACCGGGCUUCAUGA